AGAGAGGGAGACAGGCUCGAGAGAAAGCGCAUGUGUGAUUCCGCUCUCCAUGCAGGCAGCCCACCACUGGCAAGCUCCCGUCAUCUUAUGUGUGUAACGUCUCUACUGCCGACAGCCGUACGUACCAGCGUCCGCCGGCACUGCGGGGGAAAAUUCAACCCAUAAUGGAUUGCUAAUGAACGGAGCCUUUCUUUUUCUUUUCGUCUUGUUUUUCCCCCGACUGUCAUCUUCUUCAAUGUCUCUUAUCAGUUUUUAACCAAAACAAAAUGAGGAUUUCUUGUGACCAGUUUCUAUUGAUAUUGUCUGUCUUUCGGGGACUCACAAUGGGGGCUUUCCCAAGCAGUGUACAGAUCGGCGGCCUGUUCAUCAGAAACACGGAUCAGGAAUACACAGCAUUUCGCCUGGCCAUCUUUCUGCACAAUACCAGUCCCAACGCGUCUGAGGCCCCCUUCAACCUGGUGCCUCAUGUGGACAACAUCGAGACGGCCAACAGCUUUGCUGUCACCAAUGCCUUCUGCUCGCAGUACUCGCGGGGCGUCUUCGCCAUCUUCGGCCUGUAUGACAAGCGUUCUGUGCACACACUGACGUCGUUCUGCGGGGCGCUGCACAUCUCCCUCAUCACGCCCAGCUUCCCCACCGAGGGAGAGAGCCAAUUCACGCUGCAGCUCCGGCCCUCCAUCCGUGGGGCGCUGCUCUCGCUGCUCGACCACUACGACUGGAACAAGUUUGUCUUCCUCUAUGACACCGACCGGGGGUACGCCAUACUACAGGCCAUCAUGGAGAAGGCGGGCCAGAACAGCUGGCAGGUGAGCGCCAUCUGCGUGGAGAGCUUCGACGACGCUGCCUACCGGCGCCUCCUGGAGGACCUGGACCGACGGCAGGAGAAGAAGUUUGUCAUCGACCUGGAGGCGGAGAGACUCACCAACAUGCUGGAGCAGAUUGUCAGUGUCGGAAAACAUGUCAAAGGCUACCAUUACAUCAUGGCUAACUUGGGUUUUAAGGACAUCAACCUUGAGCGCUUCAUGCAUGGCGGGGCCAAUGUGUCGGGCUUCCAGCUAGUGGACUUCAGCAACCCCAUGGUCAUCAAGCUGAUGCAGCGCUGGAACAAGCUGGACCAGAGGGAGUACCCGGGCUCCGACAGCCCCCCGAAGUACACGUCGGCUCUGACCUACGACGGCGUGAUGGUGAUGGCGGAGGCCUUUAGGAACCUGCGUAGGCAGAAAGUGGACAUCUCUCGCAGGGGGAACGCUGGGGACUGUCUGGCCAACCCCGCCGCCCCAUGGAACCAGGGCAUCGACAUGGAGCGCACCCUCAAACAGGUCCGGAUGCAGGGAUUAACAGGUAAUGUCCAGUUUGACCACUAUGGACGCAGAGUCAACUACACCAUGGACGUGUUUGAGCUGAAGAACAACGGACCCAGACGGAUGGGUUACUGGACGGAUUCAGACAAGCUGGUUCUGAUCCAGAAUGAAGCCCUCCUUCCCAAUGAAAUCCUGGAGAACAGAACUGUUGUAGUCACCACUAUCAUGGAGGGUCCAUAUGUCAUGUUGAAGAAGAACUGGGAGUUGUACGAGGGCAACGACCAGUACGAAGGCUACUGCGUGGACCUGGCCUCGGAGAUUGCCAAACACAUUGGCAUCAAGUACAAGAUCGCUAUCGUUCCUGACGGAAAGUAUGGUGCCCGGGACCCGGAGACCAAGAUUUGGAAUGGCAUGGUCGGGGAGCUGGUGUACGGGAAAGCGGAAAUCGCUGUGGCCCCAUUGACAAUCACGCUGGUCCGGGAGGAGGUGAUCGACUUCUCCAAGCCCUUCAUGUCGCUGGGCAUCUCCAUCAUGAUCAAGAAGCCCCAGAAGUCCAAACCUGGGGUGUUCUCCUUCCUGGACCCGCUGGCCUACGAGAUCUGGAUGUGCAUUGUGUUCGCCUACAUCGGCGUGAGCGUGGUGCUCUUCCUGGUCAGCCGUUUCAGCCCGUACGAGUGGCACACCGAGGAGCCCGAAGAGGGUACCGACGGUCCGCCCAGCGACCAGCCCCCCAACGAGUUUGGCAUCUUCAACUCCCUCUGGUUCUCCCUGGGUGCCUUCAUGCAGCAGGGAUGUGACAUCUCCCCCAGGUCUCUGUCGGGGCGUAUUGUGGGUGGUGUGUGGUGGUUCUUCACACUCAUCAUAAUCUCCUCCUACACGGCCAACCUGGCUGCCUUCCUCACAGUAGAGAGGAUGGUGUCGCCUAUAGAGAGUGCUGAGGACCUGGCUAAACAGACAGACAUCGCCUACGGUACCCUAGACUCCGGCUCCACUAAAGAGUUCUUCAGGAGGUCAAAGAUCGCGGUCUACGAGAAGAUGUGGGGCUACAUGAAGUCAGCCGAACCGACUGUGUUUACCAAGAACACACAGGAGGGAGUUGUACGUGUGCGGAAGAGCAAAGGGAAGUACGCUUUCCUAUUGGAGUCAACCAUGAACGAGUACACAGAACAGCGGAAACCCUGCGACACCAUGAAGGUCGGCGGCAACCUGGACUCCAAAGGAUAUGGAGUGGCCACCCCCAAGGGUUCACUGUUAAGAACGCCGGUAAACCUAGCCGUGUUGAAACUGAGUGAAUCAGGCGUCUUAGACAAGCUGAAAAACAAAUGGUGGUACGAUAAGGGCGAGUGUGGACCCACGGCCUCAGGAAGUAAGGACAAGUCGUCCCAGGCCCUGUCGUUGAGCAAUGUGGCGGGGGUCUUCUAUAUCCUUGUGGGGGGCCUGGGUCUGGCCAUGCUGGUGGCCCUCAUCGAAUUCUGCUACAAGUCCCGGAACGAGGCCAAGCGAAUGAAGCUGACCUUCACGGAGGCCAUGAGGAACAAGGCACGCCUGUCGAUCACAGGCAGUGUGGGGGAGAAUGGGCGCGUCCUGACGCCCGACUGUCCCAAAGCGGUCCACUCGGGCCCCUCACUCCGCCAGAGCUCCGGCCUGGCCUUGGUCUCCUCUGAGCUCCCGUGAAAACCAAAAACCUUCCAAGUGCCUUAAAAACGACAAACCCACAACCACCAUAUACCACAAAGACACAGGACAAACACCACCCAAACCAGACACCACCACCAGUGUGUGGGCAGACAGGGACUAACUAACAUUGUGGAGGUUUUUUAAUAUAGCAGAAAUUGGGACUUUGCCAUUUGAGUAUGUAGUGAAUCUGUGGCCAUUUUGGAUGGAGUUCUGUGGAAAAGUACAAUCUGUAUUUUUACUGUGUGGCCAAGUGAGGGCUAAUUGUAAUCAAGCUGCCAUUUUCGGGUGCAGAGGUGGAGAUUGCGUCUGAGAUGUUCCACUGAAGACCCUGUGCCAACUUAUCAUUGUAAUCACUGGCGAAGGAAGAGCAGGAGGAAUUGAGAGUGAAGUGAAAAUGAAAAAUAAAGGAAGACCAGAAAACUUGAAACGUGUAACUGUGGAUUGCUGACUGAAUUGGCAAACUGAAUCACAAUCAAGAUUGUUUUCCAAAUGUGGACAAUUGUUACCAGACGAGAGCAGUGUUCAAAAGACAACUGCCAGACAACAAUCUCACUGAAUAUCAAUAACUGACAUCAUGUGGGGACUGUCUCCUGUUGUCAUCAUGGAGAUAAAAAACUAUAAUUAUUAAUAAACUACAAUAACUCUAUUGAUAAUACAUAUAAGAUAAAUAAACUGUGAAGAUUUAGUAAAUAUGUAUAUUCUGUGAAGACGAAGCUAAAGAAAAAAGAUGUUCUGUACAAAGAAGAGACUGUAUAACAUGCUUGCUUUUUAAACAGAUGUAAAUAGCUGAUUCAGUAGUGGACAGAGGGCAGUUCUCUUUUUGUAACCAUCUUUAAAUAAAUAAUUCAUCGCAAUAAUGGAUAAGACGACGUUGUUGAAAAAGGAGAGACAUUGAGACAGCGUUUUAUUCCUUCAACGUUCAGUUCAAAGCGCCAUGUUCCAUGGGCAUGGUAUCAACUCUGCCCAUCUAGAUACCUUUUCUCUACAUAUUAAUAUAUUCAGCGAUGAAUGUUAAUUAGUCCCAUCCUCAUCCUCUAGCAUCACCCCCAUCAUCUUGCCCCACCCCAUCCUCUAGCCACACCCCACACUGUGCAGUCAUAGACCAGAAUGUGGCUGAUAGACCGAAUUUUAUGUUUAAAUGCUUUACUUGCGUUUCCACUAGAAAACAAACAAUAUUUUUUGUGUCGUUUGAUCUAUUUUUUGUAACGAUCAAUUACAUUUACUGUCCGUCUCCUGAUUUUUCAAUGUUUUUUCAAUGUUCGCGGCUGUUGAACGUCUUAUCUGGGUAGAUAUUUCAGAUUAUUGUGUAUGGAGAGUGUAAUGCAUUUUUUUUUAAUGUGAAAUGAGAAACGCAAUUUUUUCCUCAUUGCUAUAUUAUUUCACGAGUCAAAGCUUAUAUAAACAGUAUUUAUUGAGUAAAAAAGAAGAAGAAUAUUUGUAUUAUUGAGCCAUGGUCAAAGCUUUGGUCCUCUUGGUCCCUAACACUGUGGAUCCUCACUGUGGAUCCUCAGUAGAAGAAUCUAUGGUCUACUUCCUCUCAUUGAAGUUAUUAGUUUGCAGUGGAGAUUUCAACACAUGGCCGAUGGAAGGGCAAUCUCUAGGCCCGUGGGCAGCAAUAGGACACUGACUUUUACUGUGUCAUCCUUUUGUCUCUUUCAUUUUCAACUUUUUUGCCCCAAAACCUGUUUCUGCUAUUGUUGUUGUCGGACAAAUAUGUGCAAUGUUAUCAAUGUUUUCAAUUGCUGCCUCUGUCUUUUGCCCUUACACACAUUCACAUACACGUCCACAUACAUGUACACGUAGUAGUGGUUGUAGCUUGUAUGGCUGCCUGGGCGGACCCCCACUUCAGCCCCCUCCUGCACUAACUGUCCAUUUUAUUCAGACAUUUGGAACAACACAAAUAAAUAAUCAUAACAUUUAAAAAUACAUACAAAAUAAAACGCAUAAAUAUCAAAAAGAAGUAACAAAGACAAAUAGAAACAAAUUUGUGUUGAUUUGGCACUCGAGCAUCAAUAAAUUACCCAUCCCCCAACACUGUCAACCAAGAGUCAAGAUUAAACCAAUUCACCUUGGUGGUGUGCAGACUGAUUUUAUAUUAUUGUUAAUGAUUUCACACAAACCAGAAAAAAAUGCAACAAUAUGUCUGUGAAACUAUAUAUUCACAGUAUUAUGAAUGAACUGUGGUUUAUUUGGUAGAAUUUCAUAGUGUGACUGAUUUUACUAAUUCCAUUAGUACUGUACAAAGUUAGCGGUGUGCUAUUUGAUAGAUUCCCCAGCUCCCCCUACCUCGGGUUUCCAGUGGGGAGACCUGAGGUCAACCUACCCCCGCCCCCUCCCCAUCUCGUACUUCUGAGUGGGAGACCUUCCCAGUAGCCUGCCUAGCUCAUAAACUAGAAUCAGGGCUCCCACUCCGACAAGGUUAAUUGACCCACAGUCCCACACGGUGACAUGAUAUCAUUGACGUGACGUGCUAAUGAGCGAUAGAAAACCGAUCGCACAAAUGUCACCAUUCCGAUUAUUUUUGGUGCGGCCGCCCCGUGCCGCCCCGGCAAGAUGCCACCCUGGGCGACUACCCAUGUCGCCUAUACCUAAAUCUGCCACUGUGUACACGACAUGUACAGAGGAGGCUGGUGGGAGGAGGUAUAGGAGGACGGGCUCAUUGUAAUGGCUGAAUGGAAUCAAUGAAACAGUAUCAAACACAUCAAACACAUGGAAACCACAUGAUUGACUCUGUUCCAUUGAUUCCAUUCCAGCCCGUCCUCCUAUAGCUUCUCUCACCAGCCUCUUCUGGUACACACACACACGCACACACACACACACACACACACCGGAUGGACCUUGUUGCUUUGAGAGAAUUAACCAGCUAUAACAUAUUUCAGGCCAUGCGUUUUGGUUCUGCCAUAUGUCUGUAAAAUUAAAAUGGCAUCCUAUUUUGGUUUCAAUUGUACAUCUUUAUUUUGAUCAUUUUUUAGUAAAAAGUUAAUCCAAA